AAAUAUGCAAGAGUUCAGGAUAGAAGACAAAUAACAUUUGAUUUUUUUAGGAUGCUAGGAUGCUAUGAUGCUUUGCAGAAAAAAUAUCUAAGAAUGGUUGUUCUGGCAGUAUACAGCAAUCCAGAAGACCCUCAGACAAUUUCAGAAUGUUAUCAAUUUAAAUUCAAGUAUACCAGCAAUGGACCAGUCAUGGAUCUCACAAGUAAAAGCAAAGGCAGUAGUUCCAAUUUCUCAUCUUCUGACACAAAGAAAGCAAGUAUUCUCUUAAUUCGCAAGAUUUAUGUUCUGAUGCAGAACAUGGGACCUUUACCUAAUGAUGUCUGUUUGACAAUGAAACUUUUUUACUAUGAUGAAGUUACACCACCAGAUUACCAGCCACCUGGUUUCAAGGAAGGUGACAGUGAAGGAGUAUUAUUUGAGGGGGAACCCAUGUACCUAAACGUUGGGGAAGUUCCAACACCUUUUCAUUCCCUGAAAGUGAAAGUGACAACUGAGAAAGAACGAAUGGAGAACAUUGAUAAAGCAAUAUUAACACAAAAACAGUUAAAAACACCAUUGCAGGAAAUCCUGAUGGAUAAAGAUGAUCUGGAAGAAGAAUUUAUGAAUGAAGAUUUUUUCGGUAGUGAUAAAGUGACAGAGCAGGGAAAAAACGAAUCUUCAGAAGUUGGAGAAAUAAGUUUAGCUUGUGAAGAAGAUGAAAUUAUGAAGUCUGAAGAAAGCCCAAACUCAUUAUCUCAUUAUCAGGUUGAGCAGUUGAUCAAUAAGACUUCAGAACUUGAUGUGUCUGAAAGUAGAACAAGAAGUGGAAAGGUUUUUCAGAGUAACCUGGCUUAUGGAAAUCAGUCAAUGAAGACUUGUAAAGAAACUAAGAAGAGGAGUCGAUCUGGAUCUGGGAGAAAGGUCCUUCAACAAGGUGAAUUUUCCUGUAGUCAAGAGUCAGUGCCAAAAAGAAGAAAAUUUAGUGAACCAAAGGAUUACAUAUAGAGAUCACUUCCCCUUUUGCUUGCUUGUAAAGAUCUCAACACUGCUAUCUAAACUAAAUAUGAGUGUAGUAAUAUUACAUUUUAACAUGUGUCUUCUCUUACCCUUAACGUCCAAUGAAUUUGAAACUUCAUGUAUAUAACCUUAAAACAGUUUGCACACAUUUCAGAAUUGACUAUAGCUUAAAAUAUUAUGAAGAACCAAAUUUUGAUCUACUCUGAAAAAAAUGCUGAGGAAAUUUGUGGAACAAAAGCAAGUAAUAAAACUGUCAGAUGACUGGCUAAGUCAUUUUCCAAUUAGCAAUGAACUAUAUCUAUUAGGUAGAUUAUUCAUUUAAAAAUAUGCUCAUUAAUUUUGAAUUUGCUUUGCUCUUACCAUUCUUUGAAAUAAUAUAUUUUGAGAUACUAACAUUUGAGGGAUCCACAAUUAUAUGUGCUUGAACUUUGCCAUAUAAAUUGUGACUGUUUGUCAUUGUGUUUUACUAUUAAAACAAUGCUCUUCAGUACUUUUAAUAGCAUAUUAAAAUGAUUUAGAAUUUAUUGCAAAUAUUGGUAAAUUUUUUUAAAAUGUAAUACAGCAACAGAUUUUAAAUAUGUCUUUGUUGAUAUUUUCUCUUUCUCAUGUACUCUUCUCCUCAUAGAAAGUCAUCCCUUACUGACAAACAGUAUUUUUAGAGAAGAAAAGUCAGCACAAUUGAUCAAUACAUUGAAAAAAAUCUGAAAACCUGUAUGUAACACCUACUUCUACAAAGGGGGGAUGGACUGGAGGGACGUUCUCAUAACUCUUCAUUUGAGCUUUGAUUUUUUAAUUUAUUUUUGAAUUUUAGGUGUGGUGUUCUUUACAUUUAUAUUGUUUGAGCCACUGUAUGUGGCUCUGCUUACUUCAGUCUGCAUCAGUUCAUCUAGAGCUUUCCCGGCUUAUAUGUAGUCAUCCAUGCAUUUCUUUACAGGGUUUUAAUAUUUCAUCAUAUCCACAGAUCACAAUUUGUUCAGUCAUUCUUCACUUGCUGGGCAUCUUCUUUGUUUCCCACUUUCAACUUUCACAAAAUGUGCUAGUACAAAUAUUUUGAAGGCUCUGGGGACUGUCUUCUUAUAAGCCCAGUCAUGGAGUCUCUGGUUCAGGGUAUGGGCAUUUGAGUCACUUUAUUUGCAGAAUUUCCAAACUAGUGGUACCAUUUCAUAGCACCACUCACAAAUAGUGUGCGUCUCCUCCUACAAUCCCCUCAAUGUUGCCAUUUUUGCUAAUUUUCAGGUAUGAGAUGAAA